GAAGUGGGGAGGGGGCUUGCCCAGCCGGCUCCCCUCUGGAACCGCCUCCCUCUUUUCUGGGUCCCCUGCCCGGCGCAGGGGGUUGAGGGGUUUGAGGGCUUUCAGUGCCCCAAGGGCUGGCUGGCUCUUGCCCCUCCCUAUUACCUGGUGUAGGGCCUGGGAAGAAGCCCCAGUGCCUGUCUGGGGCUUCCAAGGCUCCCAUUCCACCAAACGCCCCCUUCAUCCUGUGACCUUGACGGUGCCCUUUGAUGGGGCAUCGGUCUAGUUUGUCCAUGAAUUCUCUUGAGGUCCAAGGGGGGCUGCAAGCUCAGAGGGGCAGAGAAAGGAUUCUGAGGGGCUGGGGGACCCUAGCAUGAGAUGGGGAGCCCUAAAAUCAGGGAGGGGAGGGGUCCUGUGGGAUGGGAGAGAGAAGGACCAGAAAUUUCACCUAAACUUUCUCCCUGCCCACAAACCCAGCCAUUGGGCACAAAGAGGUGGCCUCAGUCUGGGCCAGAGGUGGGGAGGGGCAGAGAGCCGGGGUUGCAGGCCCCUGUGGCCGCCUGGAGCAGCUGCCCACCCCCAGACACAGGAAGUGAGAGGGAAGUGUCUCUGGCCGGGUCUCCCCGCUUGUCUGAGACAGGCACCAGGCGGUAAUGACUCACAGUUCCCAGUACAAAGGUAAGACCACUUCUGUGCUCGGGCAGAGGUGAAGCCUGGGCCGGUGGCCCCAUCUCUGCUCUGCCCUGCUUGAGUCUUCUGGAAUGGACAGCCCUGCCAGCAGGCCAAGCCACCCCUGGGCCUGGGCCUGCCCAGCCCCUGGGGACCUCAGUCUGUUUGUGUGCAGGAAGUCCGGACGUGAGUGCUUGAAAAUGCCAGUGGAUGCCUGUGGGUCUUGAGACUUCAUUGGCAUCGGAGGUCUGCAAUUAUCCUGUGUGCAUCCCAGGGCUGGUCCAGGAAGUCCUACCUACCAAGCACCAAGUGAUGUAACAGCCAGGAAGAAUUUCACCCACCGUUCUACUCCGCUGCCUGCCGCCUGCCCUGUCCCUCCUGCCAGGCCAGCUCUGGGAAGUGGGUGAAAGGAGCUGCCACGGCCAACGUGUGGGCCUCUGGCUGCCUGCCAGGGGGCGGUGCCCCUCCUUGAUACCUGUGGCUGCAGCAGGAGGAAGGGACAAGUUUCAGCUGCCCAGGGGAGGCAGCAGAUGGGCAGGAGAGGCUGGCGGCCUGCAGGCAGCCAACUCCACUCCGUCCCCUCCCCAGGUGGCCCAGGCAGUGGUAGCCUGGCGGCGAAGGCCGUGGUGGCUGCGUUGCUAGCCGAUGAUGCCCCGGGCCCUGGAGCGCGCAGAGGGCCCCUGGGCCUGGGUGGUGCUGCUGGCCACCGUGGUGACACAGGGCCUUACCCUGGGCUUCCCCACCUGCAUCGGCAUUUUCUUCACCCAACUGCAGCGGGACUUUCAGGCCAGCAACAGCGAGACCUCCUGGUUCCCCUCCAUCCAAUUGGCUGUGCUCCAUGCUGGGGGGCCCCUGUGCAGCAUCCUGGUGGGACGCUUCGGCUGCCGGGCAACGGUGAUGCUGGGGGGCCUGCUGGCCAGCCUGGGCAUGGUGACCGGCUCCUUCUCCCGCACCCUCAGCCAGCUCUACGUCACGGCGGGAUUAAUCACAGGCCUGGGCAUGUGCUUCAGCUUCCUAUCAAGCAUCACCAUGCUGGGCUAUUACUUCACCCGCCGGCAGGCACUGGCCAAUGCGCUGGCCUCAGUGGGCGUCUCCUUGGGCAUCAUGCUCUGGCCCCUGCUCUCCCGCUACCUCCUGGAGGAACUGGGCUGGAGGGGCACCUUCCUCAUCUUCGGUGGCGUCUUUCUCCACUGCUGUGUCUGCGGGGCCGUGCUGAGGCCCGUGGCCACCACCGUGGCCCCUGAGACCAGAGAAGGGCCCCCUCCACCUUCCAAGACGCCUGCGCCUGGCUGCCUGGCAGCGUGUGGCCGGAGUAUCCAGAGCCACCUGGCCUUCGACAUCCUGCGGCACAAUGCCAGCUACCGCGUGGUGACGCUGGGUAUGGUGUGGAUGAUCUUGGGCUUCCCGCUUCCCCACAUCUUCCUGGUGCCGUACGCCAUGCAGCACGGGGUGGAGGAGCACCGGGCCGCCCUGCUCAUGUCCAUCAUUGGCUUCAGCAACAUCUUCCUGAGGCCCCUGGCCGGCCUGGUGGCGGGCCGGCAGGACUUCACCGGCCACCGCAAGUACCUGUUCAGCCUGGCGGUCCUGCUCAAUGGGCUCACCAACCUGGUGUGCACGGCAUCGGCCGACUUCCGGCUGCUGGUGGGCUAUUGCCUGGUGUACAGCGUGUCCAUGAGUGGCAUUGGCGCCCUCAUCUUUCAGGUCGUCAUGGACACUGUCCCUAUGGACCAGUUCUCCAGAGCCCUGGGCCUCCUCACCGUCCUGGAGAGCAUUUCCAUCCUCAUCUCCCCGCCGAUGGCUGGGUUCCUGCUGGAUGCCUCCAACAACAACUUCACCUACGUUUUCUACAUGUCAAGCUUCUUCCUCAUCUCAGCCGCCCUCUACAUGGGUGGCAGCUUCUGUGCCCUGCGGAAGAAGGAGAGGCAGGCCAGGAGGGCCGCGGCAGAAGCAGCCAUCACCGAGGCGGCCCCAGAGCGGGACCUUUCCCCAGAGGGCACAGACGGUCCCAGCAAGCGGCUGUGCCCCGAGAUCAUGUAUGUGACCAGCGUCUGAGCCCUGAAGUCGGUCAGUAACCACUAUCUGAGACCAGGAACGGCACUUCCAGUUGCAUCACCAGGGGCUGCGGCCUUGGAGGCUGGCCUCCGGAGACGUGGAGUUCUUUCCAACCAGCAGAAUCCAGCAGUGGCUUCUUCUUUUUCCCUUGGGUUCCACCAACCUGGGGCCUGGGAAGGGGGGCCCGAGCCUUGCUUGGGUCUGUCACAGCCAACUCUGCUCAGCCAGCUGCCCCUACAACUCAAUGCCUGGAUGCCUCCAGGGUGAUCUCACUUUGUCUUCCAGACACUUCCAAAGAACUCAUCCCACCCACCCUUCCCAAGUGACCCAGCCCCUGCCCUUGGGCAGCCACGGCUGGCACUGGCUGCCCCCACCACAGGUUGCCUCCCACUGACUGGACACCUGGAAGAAGGGGCCAGUGAGAGAACAUGCUGUGGCCUGUGGGGGUGGAGGGCCGGGCUGAGGAGCUGACCUGGACCCAGGGUUUGGACAGAGUAAACACUGCAUGGAGUCCC